CCGGGCCGGGCCUGAGCCGGUCCUCGAGGCCUCCGAGCUUCUGCCCCGGGCUCCCGUUGAGCGGCGGCCGGGUUUUGUGGGGCGGACAGAGCGGGCUCCUGCCCCUGGCAGAAUUGGAGGACAAAGGCCGGGAAAAGCGUGUGUACCCAGGCAAAACUUGAUGCAGACUCUCUGGACACAACAGAGGGAGAAAGAUUUGAGUUCCAGGGUGCGGUAGUCAGGUGAUGGCUACAGAACUAGAGGAGGGGGCUCGACCCUUGAGUCCUCAGAUUUUGGCUCCCAAGAAGCAAGAGGAAUCUCCACUGAUGAAGCUGGGUGGUAACUCUGCCCAUGGGCGGGGAUCCACCCUGACGGGUGGUGACCCCGGCCCGGAGAGCUUCCGCCAACGCUUCAGGAGGUUCCGCUACCAAGAGGCAGAUGGACCCCGAAAGGCCCACGGCCAGCUCUGGGAACUCUGUCGACGGUGGCUGAGGCCGGAGGUGCGCACCAAGGAGCAGAUCCUGGACCUGCUGGUGCUGGAGCAGUUCCUGACCGUCCUGCCCGGAGACAUUCAAAGUCAAGUGAGGGAGCAGUGUCCAAGGAGCGGUGAGGAGGCGGUGGCCAUGGUAGAGGACCUGCGGAAACAGCCGGGGACACCAAGACCGUGGGUUUCAGGGUGGGCCCGUGGACAGGCUGUGCCCUCAGAGGAGACAACCAACAGGGAAAAAGUCCAGCCACCUCCGAGCCUAAUGCCGAAAUCCGCCAAGCCCCAACCCUACGUUGGCUCCCAGGAGGAGCAGGAGCAGGACCGGCCCCCACAACUGGAGGAGCAGCCUAACUACGAUCCGAAAGGGGAACUUCUGUUCCGGACAGAGAGAGCUUUGCCUGCUCCCCAGGUGCCUGCCCUUCCCCGAGCGGCGGGUGCCAGAGAUAGGGAGAUGGCGGCUGCACUCCUCUCAGCCUGGUCUCAGAUGCCAGUGAUGUUGGAAGACGUGGCUGUGUAUCUCUCUCGAGAACAGUGGGCACGGUUGGACCCGGCUCAGAGAGGCCUCUGCCGGGAUGGCAUGCAAGGUAACUAUGGUUUUGAAAUCAGGAGCCAGAAGGAUGAAGGGAGUUUUGUGGAUAUGGAAACCCAGCAGAGGAUAUCCAAGAAGUGUGAAGGGGCUAUUCCCCAGAACCCUGAAUGGGGAGAAAUCUGUGAGAAUGAAGGCAGGUCAAAAAAGCAGCAGGAACAUCCUCAGGGAAAAGUAGCCCUCCAGAAAAGAGGCUUCAGGGAUCUAGCAGACCUGAUUGCCCACAAGAAAAGCCUGGCAGGGGAGAAGCCCCAUAAAUGUAGUGAGUGUGGGAGACGCUUUCACCGGAGCACGGAGCUGUCCCAGCAUCGCCAAACACACACCGGUGAAAAACCACAUAAAUGCAGUGAUUGUGGAAAAACUUUCAGCUGGAGCUCCCAUCUUAUUCAACACCAGAGAAUCCACACAGGAGAGAAACCCUACGAAUGCCGCGAGUGUGGGAAAACCUUUAGCUGGAGCUCCAAUCUCAUCCAGCACCAGAGGAAUCACACAGGUGAGAAACCCCACAAAUGCAGCGAAUGUGGAAAGAGCUUCGGUCAGAAUUCCGACCUCCGGAAACAUCAGAGGACUCACACGGGCGACAAGCCCUACAAAUGCGAUGAAUGUGGCAAGAGCUUCCCCACUAGCCUCGAACUUACUCAGCAUCAGCGAAUCCACAUGGGGGAGAAACCAUACGAAUGUAGUGAGUGUGGGAAGACUUUCAGCUGGAGCUCACACCUCAUUCAGCACCAGAGAAUCCACACAGGAGUCGUCCUCUCGCCGGUGUCCCCAUCCCAAAGCCGGAGACGCUUCCCCUGGGGGACGCCCGGGAUCAGAGAUUGGAGCCCCAGAGCACAGGUCGGAGCUGGAGGGGUGACCUCCAGGAGGGGGAUGGCCGCAACCUUGGGCCCCAAGGUCCACGCUCCUGUGGAGCAAGAAGGACUUCUUAUUGUGAAGGUGGAGGAGGAGCCCGCCUGGGAACAGGAAGCCAGUCCCCAGAAGGGUGACCCCAACUCCGAGACUUUCCGCCAGCGCUUCCGGCAGUUCUGCUACCGGGAAGCGGAUGGGCCCCACGAGGCUUUCAGUCACCUCUGGGAACUCUGCUGCCGGUGGCUGAGGCCCGAGAUCCGCACCAAGGAGCAGAUCCUGGAGCUGCUGGUGCUGGAACAGUUCCUGACCGUCCUGCCCGGGGGGAUCCAGGCCUGGGUGCGGGAGCGAUGCCCAGUGAGCGGGGAGGAGGCGGUGGCCAUGGUCGAGGACUUGCAGAAGCGGCCCGGGAGACCCCGGCAGCAGGAAGUGCCCUCAGAGGAGAUGGCGCCCCUGGGCGGAGCACGGGGGUCAUCAAGCUUCCGGCAAGGGGAGCCCAAGGGAGUGUCCCAGGAAGAGGGGGCUUGGACUCCACACCCAGGGCUGCAGGAACAGCAGAUCGGUGACUCUCGGUGGGCUCCCCGGAUUCCCGUCCUUCUCAAGGAGGGCAGCACCAGAGAGAUGGUAGAUGCUUUCUUUUCUGCGGGAUCCCAGGGCCCGAUGACUUUCGGGGACGUGCCCUUCUAUCUCUCCCGGGAAGAGUGGGGGUGUCUGGACCCUGCACAGAGGGAUCUCUUCUGGGAUAUGAAGCGAGAAAACUUCCGGAAUAUCUCCCUGGAGAUCCGAACCGUCUACUUCUCCCCUCAGGUUUGGGCAUUAAGAGUCAGAACGAGAAGAUUCCUUACCAGGCCAGCCUGGAGGAUGUGGAAUCGCCACCACGUCCACCGGAAGGGAGCAUGCCUUGGAGCCCGGAGGAGGGAGAAGCGUGGGAGAGCGAGAACGGGCCCGAGAGGCAGCUGGGAAGGCCGACGGGGGUGCGGCGGGGGAGACCGCCCACCCGCAGGAGGGAGUUCCGGGACCUCGCGGCGGAGAAGCCCCACAUCUGCGAGCAGUGCGGGAAACGGUUCCGCUGGGGCUCGGACUUGGCGAGGCACCAAAGGACCCACACCGGGGAGAAGCCCCACAAGUGCCAAGAGUGCGAGAAAAGCUUCCGCAGCUCCUCGGACCUCGUUCGUCACCAGGGGGUCCACACGGGGGAAAAGCCCUUCACUUGUAACGAAUGUGGGAAAAGCUUCAGUCGGAGCGCCUACCUCGCCGACCACCAACGGAUCCACACCGGGGAGAAACCCUACGAGUGCGGCGACUGCGGAAAGAGCUUCUCUCUCCGCUCCUACCUGCUGGACCACCGGAGAGUGCACACUGGAGAGAGACCCUUUGGCUGCACCGAGUGUGACAAGAGCUUCAAGCAGCGGGCGCACUUAAUAGCUCACCAGAGCCUCCACGCAAAGAUGGGGGCUCAGUCCGUGUGAGGCCGGGGGGCCGGGGACAGAAUGGACUCUCCGGGGAGGGCUCUCAGUGGCCCGAGCUCAUCUCGGCCCGUUCUGAUCGGACAGGGAGCUGCCUUCCAGCCGUGGAGGCCUUGCCCUCUCCCUUGCCUUCCCGGGGUCUCACCCUCAGCCGGACUCGGAGGCCCCAAGGCCUGGCUCCUCUGCCUCUAUUAAAGAGAGGCUCUCCUUCCUCCAGGGAAGGGCACCUGGGGCGGUGAAGUGGGCGGGGGGACUUGGAGGGCUCCAGGGACCCCGUCCCGUUCUUCCUCCUCUGCCUAAACGUAUAUAACUUAUACAAAAGUCUGUGUUCUUUGAGAUACAGCAGAUCAUUUUGUUACUUUUUAAAGUUAUUUGUGGCUUUUUAA